UUUAUCAUAUUAACAAAAAGUUAACAGCUCAUCAAAAUAGUUGAACGAAUUAAAUAACAAAUAAAUUUAAUUUGAAAAUGUUUACUAAAGGAGUAAUUGCCAUUUUAAUGAUAUUUUGCGUAUUUUUACGCCUUGAAGCGCAGAAUAUAACGACAGAGGCGACCAACGUAACAGUAACAACAACAAUGCCUAGUGCCAAUGUAUCUACCAAUGCACCAACAACAAUAACUCCAAUAAUAACAACUCAAAGAACACCAACAACAGUGAACUCAUCAGUAUCGACAACACCUUCCAUAAACAUAACAACAACAGCUCAGCCUACACCUACUAUAAUAACGACUGUUAAUGCCACCAUAAUGCCUACAACUCCUGUAAUUACUACUACCGUCAAACCAGUCACAACCACAUUAUUUCCAAAUACUACAACAUUAGCUUCAAAUAUUACUACUAGUACAUUAGCACCUAAUAUCACCACUAGCACAUCAGCACCUAAUGUUACUAUUACUACAUUAGCACCUAAUAUCACCACUAUUACAGCAGCACCUAAUGUCACUAUAACAACAUUAGCUCCUAAUAGCACCAUUAGUACAGCAUUACCUAAUAUCACUAUAACUACAUUGGCUCCUAAUAACACCACCAGUACAUUAGCACCUAAUGUCACCACUACGACAUUGAGACCUAAUGUCACAACCACCACAACCACGUUAGCUCCUAAUAUCACCACAACUACAAUUGCUGCCAAUAUUUCUACGACCACUUCUGCGCCCACAUCAACAACACCAAUAGAUAAUUCUGUUAAUGAAGUAGUAGAACCAAAUGGUCCUCUGAAUCCAUUCCCUGGUAUGCCGCCAAGUCCAGGACAAUUUUUCAAUUUUUUUGUUCAUCCUUAA